GAGAGACACGGGGAGAGAAAAUACGUGGGGAGAGGAGACAUAGAGGCGGGCACGGAGAGACACAGACAAGGAGAGAGACAGGAGACGUGGGGUAGCGUGGAGCAGCUAUGAGUCGCAGUGUUGACAGGAAGACCGGCAACGAGCAGCAGUAGACAUCAGCGAGACGUCCAGGCAGCACUGACUCGGUAGCACACAACAGCGGCACCGCAGAGAGCAAUACCAGCAGUGACAGCAAUACCAGCAGUGACAGCAAUACCAGCAGUGACAGCAAUACCAGCAGUGACAGCAGGGCUCGGCAGUGCCGUACAAACAGGAGCAGCAGCAGGGACAGCAGCACAGGUGCCAAAGGCAACCAUUGACAUCAACUGCUGAGAACAGCAGCGGCAACGGGUGGAUUCAACAGCAGCAGCGAGCAGUAAAUAGGAGGCGCGUUGAUAGUAACAUCAAACGUAGCAGCAGGGAAUAGAGCAUCGACAGCAUUCGUAGUAGUAUCUGCAGCAGCAUCAUAAAUAGAGAUCGGCAAAUAGGAACCACAGCACCGGCAUCAGCGACGGGCGCCAUGGUGACUCGAGUCAUCUCCCGUCUGGUCGUGCUGGUGUUUGGCACGCUUUAUCCCGCGUAUGCCUCAUACAAGGCCGUGAAGACGAAGAACGUCCGUGAGUAUGUAAAGUGGAUGAUGUACUGGAUCGUGUUUGCGUUAUUCCUCGCCGUGGAGACGUUCACAGACAUCCUCGUCUCAUGGCUGCCGUUUUACCACGAGUGUAAGAUCGGCAUGGUGGUGUGGCUGCUGUCGCCGUACACGCGUGGCUCCUCGCUCCUCUACCGCAAGUUUGUCCACCCGGCGCUCGCCUCUCGAGAGAAGGAGAUAGACGGCUACAUCCAGCAGGCGAAGGAGCGCGGCUACGAGACUGUGAAGUAUUUUGGGCGGCGUGGACUCAACCUCGCCGCUACCGCUGCAGCCACCGCCGCUGCCAAGGGUCAGGGAGCCCUCUCUGAUCGCCUGCGCAGCUUCAGCAUGCAGGACAUCGCACUGGGAGGGGUGGGGGAUGGUGUCACGUGGGGGCCUGGCCCGCAUCCCGAGUUGGAGCCCUUUGACCCCAAGACGAUGGACCAAUCAGACGAAGAGGCUCCCCCUCCCCCCAAACCUAAGACUGCCCCGGCUUCCAAGGUAGCACGGCCUCCAUCAGGGAAACCAGCCCGGAGUGAGACCCAGGCUAAGAGAGGCAAGGCGCCAAUCCGGAAGAAGGUCACCAUUCAGCUUGCUAACCAGGACGCAGCAUGACGGUGCCAUCACCGCCACCACCGUCACCAACACCGGGACAUACGUGGACACGCGUGGACACGCGUGGACACACGAGGACACGUGGAGAUGUGAACACAAAGGGAUACACGGGGAUACGCAGGGACACGCAGGGACACGCAGGGACACACCGGAACCCACAUGGACACACGAGGACAAACGUUGACAUGCGGACACACAAGGAGACGUAAACAUGAAGGGAUACACUGGGAUAUAUGGGAACACACGGCAACACAUGGGGAUACACAGGGCCACACCGGGACACGCGUGGGCACACUGGGACACGUUUGGACACACGAGGACAUAUAAUGACACGCGGGCACACAUGGAGAAUUUAACGCAAAGGGAUACGCGGGUACACAUGGUGACACAGGUUUGGCACCGGUUCCGAGUUUGCCCGCUGUUGCGUGCUAACUCGCUUACAGAUGGGUGGUUUAUAAAUAAGAUGUAACCCUUCCGUCCUAGUUUCACAGUCCUCCCGUCAUUGCGUAGUGGUUUACAUGAUCUACUUGGUUCACUGGACGUCUUAACGAUGAUCUUACCGAGUGCACUUGCGUCGUUAGGUUAUUAAUUUAAUGACAUGAUUAUUUUACUCUGCACUUUGCCUGACUGAGCGUGUGUGACGGUGCGCGGUGCUGGUGGGGGGCGGGGGAUGCGCGGUGAGCUUCCCAAUAGCUUGGCGCCAGUUGAAAAUAAGGACUUGACGCAGUUAAUACACAGACCACAUUUUUCAAGUUCACAUCACGAUAGAUUUUGGUUAGGCGCUUGGUUUAUGGUCAGGGUUAGUCGUGGGUUUAAAAUCAGGGUUAGGGUCGGGGCUCGAGUCUGGGUUAAGAAUCGACGUUUAUUAUGAGGUUAGGUUUAGGGUCACGACUGGUCAGAGUUUGGGUCAAAGCUUAUAAUCAGGGCUAGCUAGGAUCAGGGUUUAGGCUAGGGGAGUAUUUUAUGAGGGUCAUGGCUUACAGGCUGAAAUAAACAUCGGGGCUUGUAGCCAUCGGUGCGUCAUGGUUUGUGAGCAGUGAUUCGCAUCGGCGUUUAUAAACUAUUGUUUCAGGUAUGAGUGGCUUUUUAACUGAACGCCGGGUCACCGCGAUAGCUCCAAGCUAUGGGGACCAUAAAGACGCCCGGGACCUAACCACUACCCCCCCACCCCCUCCAUGGGGGUCCAGUAGCUUCAGGGCUUUUACCAGGAUCCCCAAAAGGGGGGCUCUGACCCCUGCUGUGAGGGAAAGGAAAGCGAGGAUGACAAGUGAUGUGUGCUACCAUUUUGUGCUUGCGUUUUACUAGCAUAACCGCUGCCACUGUUGUUUUUUUGUAUUGUGGUCGUGUGUAGUCGGUAUCCCCCUUACCCGCUCUUUCACAUUGGGUAGUGGCUCUGCUCAUCUCAAUUAUUGGAGGCAAUUUUCACAUUCCCGUGGCAGGGACCAGUUCGUUUAAAAAAAAAGUAUGUUUUUUCCUCCCCUUCCACAUCUGUCCCGAGAGUGCUCUCAGUGUUGGCGUCGUGAAACGAAGACUCACUUGGGGACUCUCGACAGAACGGUGUGACCCUUCGUGUUAGAGAGUGGCCAGUGGAGAUCAGAUGUUACCACGCUACGGUCCCUGCAAAUCAGCUGUGGUCCACGCAUUAUGGGGAAGCACUUAUGUUUGUCGCACGAUUUUAAAACCGAUAUUUUCAGGGCUGGGUUUUAGACAGGAUGAAGGUGCAAAACUGAGUUUAAUUGAUAUUUUUUUAAGUACACACUGGUGACCUGACUGAGCAAAAUCAACUCACUGCAUGUGAUGAACCAAUUUAAUGACAACUUGAUUAAUCGGGUUCCUGUGGUUUAAUUUACAACCCGAUUUAAUCACAAAUUUAUGGUUCUGGGUCCCUAAAAAUUAUAUAACAUCGGUUCAACUUAAUCUGGCCCUGACGAACCAUUAAUCUGGUGAUGAGCUUGCCGCCCUGUGGACUGAGCCACCCCUUUGCUGCUAGUGUUUUUCCUCGUCUUUGUCGUGCCGUGUUAGUGGAAGUGCUACGGAGGGAGGUGGUCUCGCCUCCUACCUGCGUGUCCGUGCACUUUUUUUACAGGAAAAGCCAGAAAUUGCCAAAAUAAAAGAACUUCAUAUCGCGCA